AUGCCCCAGCUUAACCCAAACCCCUGGCUCUUUAUCAUAUUUAUAUCCUGAACAGUCUUCCUCUUUCUUAUACAACCCAAACUGACAUCCUUUAUCUCUACAAACUCACCAUCGAACAAAAAUAAAACUACCCUCACUCCCACUCCCUGAACCUGACCAUGAACCUAA